GGUGGAUAUUUUUCCUUCAAUCCUCAUCACGCAUCAUCUGCGUUAUUGGCAGAAGCCAGACCUUCGAACGUUACGGCAUCACCAUCUACUUCCACUGAUCACACUGAGAACCUUGAGAUGAGCAACGACGACAUCAUGACCUACCUUACAUUCCCAAUACCCCUCUGCAUUACGCCAACUCAUGCCCUCGAACCCAUUCAUGUCAGUCAUAGAAUACGAUGGAGUAUCCUCAUCCUUAAUCUCGACGGUCACACGUCCGAGCUGCGUUGUUCUCUUCCUCCCCACCUUCUUGAUUAUCGGCUACUGGAAGCGGCUCAUUCGCAUACGUCUGCUACUCGGCGUCUUCUCCUUGGCGGUCCUGAAGUCCCACCAGAAGUACUUCAUAAUGAUAUGGAGCUUCCGAGUUACACAGCUGAACAUGUUCUUUCCUGAGAGCGCCACAACGCGGGUCACCAACUCAUGGGUUACUUCGCCAGUCUGAUGAACGGCGGGAUUGACAGACGAUGUCAUCG